AUGGCCACCAAGUAUACGCGUCUAGGCAUCCGACUAAGAAUUAUGACGGCGAUUGCUUGGAAGACUAGAGACCAGACGCGUACAAAUGCGGUAAGACGCAUGUUUCCACAGCGAAAUAAAGACCGGACUCGACUCAACCUUUUGGAAUCACCACUUUGGACUGCAAGAUCAGCUAUCAAUAUGGAUGUUUACUACUUUUACAGCUACGGCACUGCAGCAUGGCUAGCGACCCAAGCCGCGCCUCUCAUCGCCUCUCCGACUAUGAUAGUAGCAUUGCUCUCCCCCGAGGUCCGCGAAGCGUCGACCCUCGAAGUCUACUUCUCCCGGACACUAGGCUUCACACUCAUCACAUUGGGCAUCUUGACCGUCUUGCUCACGGGCUCCGUACCCCUGUCUAGUCGCUUAUCAGAAGGCGCAACAACCUCAGCCGCUGAUCCCAAAGCCCCAUACGCACUGCCCACACUCACCAUCACUGCCAUCUUUCACGCCGCCUACGCCUUUUACGGUUACACCAUGUGGACGAAAACUGGCGUUAUCUCCUUCGGUCUAGGUACCCUAGGAAGUGGCUUCUUGGCUACAGUUGCAAUGUGGUGUAUCUUGUUUGCAAGCAGUGACGGCAGGAUCAGCAGGAAGACUGGGGCGGAUAAGAGGACGAGUGGGUACCCGUUCAAGAACAGUGUGUCUGAGAAGAGGAAGGGAAGGUAG